CACUUAUAUACACGCUAUAGCUAUACAGCGAACUUUAUUUUCUUCUUCUACGGUUUCAAAGGCGCACGUAUUUAUGCGAAAUGGUCUCACCACGCGUUACUCAUUAAUGUUUUUUUUUUUCAAUCAAUGGGUUGCGCGUAGCGAGGCCAUUCCGCUUAAAUACGCGUUUAUUUUUUUAUCAAUAUAAUAUCAAUUGGAAUUAUUUUAAAUGAAAGAGAAAAAACCCCAAAGCAGAGUUCAAAAGAUGUUCGUGCACGAUCGUGUAGCAGCAAAUCGGCGGCCGAGUUUUUUCUUUCAUUUCCGCGGCCGCACAAUAAUCAUGACGGUUUUACUGCAUGACCAAGAGAGAGAGAGAGAGAGAGAGAGAGAGAGAAAAUCUCGGCCAUCAAGGUUUUCAUGCAAAAUUCAAGUUAUCGACAGUUUCCGAAACGCAAAAACAUGUGCCAAUUUUUUCUCAGAAAAAAACUCACGAAAAAUCAGGAUAGUGCAUACUAUAAAAAAUAAAAUACUGAAAGUAUGUAUUCUCACAGUUCUCUCUAAAAGCCGCCACGUGGCAAUGUCAAAAAUUCAAAAGUGCCACCGGUUUUUUUCGAAUUAAAACUCAAAAAAGUGAUAAAAAUGUAUUAUUACUGAUGAAAAUGUGAGGAAGAGGAAAAAGAAAGUGAGCCUGUGUGAUAUUAUCAUAUCAGUUGAAUUGAAUCAGUGGAGUAUGUGCUGAUAGGGUUUCUUAUCAGUUUCAACUAAAAAAACUAAACGACACCGAUUGAUUGCAAAACAUCAGCUGAUUGCAGAUGUAUGACGUGGCAGGAGGCACUGAAAAGCAAAAAAAGGUUCAGGAAAUGUAGGAAAAAGGAAAAGCGGUGAUAAAACUAUAAAAUAUGAGGUAACCGGAAACGGGACAGAAGGAUUGUUCAGAGAGGGUUCUACAAUGCAUCUUUUCACCGAAUUCCUACUAUUUUUUGGGUUUUUCUUAAAAAUCGUAAGUUAGGAAAGAUUCUGUGUUAAUUUUUUUCUUGUUAAUCUUAAGGUAGAUCCAGAAAAACUGGACAACAUUUUUUUGGUGUUCAUUACAGUACCCAAGAGCAUUUUUUAUUCCUCAUAAUCAGAAAGACACUUUGAAUUUUUUUAAAAAUGAACUCCAAAAAAUAUAGAAACCUUCCAGGAAUCAGCACUAGAAAGCAGUUUUCCACUAAAAGUCCUUCCGUUGAAAUUCGGGGAAAAUCCAAAAAAUCAUGAAAGAGUGUACUACUCCGAGGAGAGUGUGAUCAAUAUUUUUAAAUAUUCUGGUUACACUCCACUAAACUUCUCAACAUCCUCCCCAUAUGGCCUUGCAACUCCUGAUACAGAUUGUGAAGUAAUCGACACGCUGUGCCCACAACUCACUCAAAUAUUCCAUGUCAGUGUAAACGGUCUACCAAAAUUAGUAACCUAUGAGGAAUUAAAAGACAAUGACACUAUGGAAAUCGUAGAAGAAGCUGGUUAUGUUGGGGCAUGGCCUGGUUACUGUGGUACAUCGGAUGGAGCUCUCGUCGAAAUGUUCUCCCCGAUUCUUAAAACAUUCCGAUAUGCUACGUCAAAUGAGGAUAUUCUCUAGGCGAGAUGGAAUGCAGAUCGACAAUUUUGGAGGCCUACUAAAGUAUUUGGGUACAUGUUUAAUGCGAGUAACCCUGACAGAACUGUAAACUACCCGUUUAAUUCCAUGCGGCCAUUGGAGAACGUGGUGUUUAACAAAAUUCUCCUUCGACUCCGUCCAAUAUUGCGUGUAAGAAACCCUGAAGGACUGGUCGCAUUCACCACUUCGUUCCGCAACAAUGAAUACCUGAAGAACUACAAAUUCGACAAAGUCUACAAUGUUUCGUUGAUCGAUUCCACCACAAAUGUUACUGUUAUAUCGGAUGCAUGCGGGAAAAUGACAUUGCUUUACGAGUUUUUCAACCCGAUGACAAUGACAUAUCGAUUGAAAACUUCCGCGAGAAGUAGUGACCCGAAUGAUGAUUAUGAAGAGAUGGUAAAACGAGCUGGCUACGUGUUCCGCGAGGAGUCAUCUGCUCUUCGAUGCCUCGGCGAGAUCCAACCAAUCGUCGAGUUCCAGAAUCCAGCAAAACCAUCUGAUAUUCAUUAUGCUUCAUCGCCGGAGGAGAUUCAAGAGUACACUUCCGUCAAAAAAUGGACUAAUUUGGGUCGAAUGGGCUUCACUAGUUGGGGAAAUUUUGCGUUUGCAAAGCGUUGAAUAAUUCCAUUUGAAUAUAAACAAAUUUCAUUUCAUUUCCGACGGAAAAAAUAUUUUUCAAAAAUGAAAAUAAAAAGUACAACCAAAA